GCGCGGGGGCGCGCGGCGGUCGUGUGUGGGCGAGACGGCGGCGAGUUUGAGAGGUCUGUGGUGCGGGUCGGCCCCGGGGAGCCGGGCGCGGGCCCGGCGCGACGGCCAGGGUCGUGAGUGUGUGAGGAUGUCGUCGGAGGAGGACCGCAGCGCGGAGCAGCCGCGGCCGCCGCCACACGCCCCGGAGGAGCCCGGCGCCGCGGCCCCGAGCCCCGCAGCCGCAGACAAAAGACCUCGGGGCCGGCCUCGCAAAGAUGGCGCUUCCCCUUUCCAGAGAGCCAGAAAGAAGCCUCGAAGUAGAGGAAAAACUACAGUGGAAGAUGAAGAUAGUAUGGAUGGUUUGGAGACAACAGAAACAGAAAAUAUUGUGGAAACAGUAGAAAUCAAAGAACAUUCUGCAGAAGAAGAUGCCGAAGCAGAAGUGGAUAGCAGCAAGCAGCCAGUCCCCACUCUUCAGCAGCCAGCAUCUGAGGAAUCUGUAAACUUCCUGGUCUCUGUUGGUGUAGAAGCCAAAAUCAGUGAACAGCUCUGCGCUUUUUGUUACUGUGGGGAAAAAAGUUCCUUAGGACAGGGGGACUUAAAACAAUUCAGAGUAACGCCUGGAUUUAUCUUGCCAUGGCAAAGCCAGCCUUCUAACAAGGACAUUGAUGACAGCAGCAGUGGAACCUAUGAGAGAGUACAAAACUCAACUCCGCGAAGACAAAGAGGACAGAGAAAAGAACGAGCUCUUCAGCAGAAUAUGGUGUCUUGUAUGAGUGUAAGCACCCAGACAGUUGCAGAUGAUCAGGCUGGUAAAUUAUGGGAUGAGCUCAGUCUGGUUGGCCUUCCAGAUGCCAUUGAUGUCCAAGCCUUAUUUGAUUCUGCAGGCACUUGUUGGGCUCAUCACCGUUGUGUGGAGUGGUCACUAGGUGUGUGCCAGGUAGAAGAACCAUUAUUAGUGAACGUGGACAAAGCUGUUGUCUCAGGGAGCACAGAACGAUGUGCAUUUUGUAAGCAUCUUGGAGCCACUAUCAAAUGCUGUGAAGAGAAAUGUACCCAGAUGUACCAUUAUCCUUGUGCUGCGGGAGCUGGUACCUUUCAGGACUUCAGUCACUUCUUCCUUCUUUGUCCAGAACACAUUGACCAAGCUCCUGAAAGAUCAAAGGAAGAUGCAAACUGUGCAGUGUGCGACAGCCCGGGAGACCUCUUAGAUCAGUUCUUUUGUACUACUUGUGGUCAGCACUAUCAUGGAAUGUGCCUGGAUAUAGCGGUCACUCCAUUAAAACGUGCAGGUUGGCAAUGUCCUGAGUGCAAAGUGUGCCAGAACUGCAAACAAUCGGGAGAAGAUAGCAAGAUGCUAGUGUGUGAUACGUGUGACAAAGGGUAUCAUACUUUUUGUCUUCAACCAGUUAUGAAAUCAGUACCAACCAAUGGCUGGAAAUGCAAAAAUUGCAGAAUAUGUGUAGAGUGUGGCACACGAUCUAGUUCUCAGUGGCAUCAUAGUUGCCUGGUAUGUGAUGCUUGUUACCAACAGCAGGAUAAUCUGUGUCCUUUCUGUGGAAAGUGCUACCAUCCAGAAUUGCAGAAGGACAUGCUCCAUUGUAAUAUAUGCAAGAGAUGGGUUCACUUAGAAUGUGACAAACCAACAGAUCAUGAACUGGAUUCUCAGCUCAAGGAAGAGUAUAUUUGCAUGUAUUGUAAACACUUAGGAGCUGAGAUGGACCCAUUACAGCCAGGUGAUGAAAUGGAGAUGGCUGAACCUGCUACAGAUUCUAAUAAUGAAAUGGAAGUUGGAGGAACUGAAGAGCAAAUGGUAUUUCUGGAGCAAGGAGUUAAUAAAGAUGUCAGUGAUCAGGAGUCCGUACCUGGAAUUGAUCCAGAUGUUCAAGUCAUCCACACUGAAGAGCAGCAGAAGAAUAAGCUGCCGGAAGGUAUUGACAAAGAUUGCCUUCUCCUCUCUGAAACAUCCCCAAAUAAAGUGAAUUCUGAAUUGGAAAAUGAGCUUUCUUGUGGAGUUGUUUGUGAAAAAAUGGACUUACCUUCUAAAAGGACACAUCUUCAUGAUAAAGAUGAAAAAGAAGACAAAAUGGAAGUGGCAGUAAAUAUUGAUGCCCCUACAUACCAGAUUGUUGUACAGCAAGAACUACAGUUGUUACCUGAUCCUCAGGGGGUGAUAUGCAAAGAAGCAGCUCAGCCUCUAGCAGCAGGCGUUGAAUCUGUCACUGUUCCACCAGUAGCCUUAGUGUCCCCAAGUGAGGAAAGUACUUCAUGUUCUAAGGAACAGUUGAUUACAGAAAGACUACAUGAAGAAAUAGAACAGAAAGAAAAUUCUGAAUUUUCAACGGAGUUCAUGGAUUUUGAAAUGACUUCUGCAGUUGAGAGUUGUGUGAAAGAUGGUUUAUGCCUGGGAGAUAAAUCUUUAAAAUUACCAACUGAGGUAGAGUCCUCAUUUUCACCAGACAUAGGCAAGACAAAUGUGUCUUCCUCUCCAACACUUCGUUUAGACUUGCCUUCACAUAACAUGCUGCAUAGUUACUCUUCAACUCUCAAUUCUUCUGGCAACAUCAUGCCAACAACUUACAUCUCCGUGACUCCAAAAAUUGGCAUGGGUAAACCAGCUAUUACCAAAAGAAAAUUUUCUCCUGGUAGACCACGAUCCAAACAGGGGGCUUGGAGUACCCAUAAUACAGUGAGCCCACCUCCCUGGUCCCCAGACAUUUCAGAAGGUCGGGAAAUUUUUAAACCCAGGCAGCUUCCUGGCAGUGCCAUUUGGAGCAUCAAAGUGGGCCGUGGCUCCGGAUUUCCAGGAAAGCGAAGACCUCGAGGUGCUGGGCUGUCAGGACGAGGUGGCAGAGGCAGGUCCAAACUAAAAAAUGGAAUUGGAGCUGUUGUGUUGCCUGGGGUGUCUGCUGCAGAUAUUUCUUCAAAUAAGGAUGAAGAAGAAAACUCCAUGCACAAUACAGUUGUAUUGUUUUCUAGUAGUGACAAAUUCACUUUGCACCAGGACAUGUGUGUGGUGUGUGGCAGUUUUGGCCAAGGAGCAGAAGGAAGGUUACUUGCCUGUUCUCAGUGUGGUCAGUGUUACCAUCCAUACUGUGUCAGUAUUAAGAUCACUAAAGUGGUUCUUAGCAAAGGCUGGAGGUGUCUGGAGUGCACAGUGUGUGAAGCCUGUGGGAAGGCAACUGAUCCAGGGAGACUCCUGCUCUGUGAUGACUGUGACAUAAGUUACCAUACUUACUGCUUAGACCCUCCACUGCAGACAGUUCCUAAAGGAGGCUGGAAGUGCAAAUGGUGUGUUUGGUGCAGACACUGUGGAGCAACUUCUGCAGGUCUGAGAUGUGAGUGGCAGAACAACUACACACAAUGUGCUCCUUGUGCCAGCCUGUCUUCCUGCCCGGUCUGCUACCGAAACUACAGAGAAGAUGAUCUGAUUCUGCAGUGUAGACAAUGUGACAGAUGGAUGCAUGCAGUUUGUCAAAACUUAAAUACAGAGGAGGAAGUGGAAAAUGUAGCAGACAUUGGUUUUGACUGUAGUAUGUGCAGACCCUAUAUACCUGCAUCAAAUGUGCCUUCCUCAGAGUGCUGUGAAUCUUCACUUGUAGCACAAAUCAUCACAAAAGUAAAAGAGCUAGAUCCACCUAAGACCUACACCCAGGAUGGUGUUUGUCUGACUGAAUCAGGGAUGACUCAAUUACAGAGUCUCACAGUUACUGUUCCAAGAAGAAAACGGUCAAAACCAAAAUUGAAAUUGAAGAUUAUAAAUCAGAAUAGUGUGGCUGUCCUUCAAACCCCUCCAGACAUCCAAUCAGAGCAUUCAAGGGAUGGAGAAAUGGAUGAUAGUCGAGAAGCAGAACUUAUGGAUUGUGAUGGAAAAUCAGAAUCUAGUCCUGAGCGGGAAGCUGUGGAUGAGGAAACUAAGGGAGUAGAAGGAACAGAUGGUGUCAAAAAGAGGAAAAGGAAGCCAUACAGACCAGGUAUUGGUGGGUUUAUGGUACGACAAAGAAGUCGAACAGGACAAGGAAAAACCAAGAGAUGUGUAAUAAGAAAAGAUUCCUCAGGCUCUAUUUCUGAGCAGUUACCUAGCAGAGAUGAUGGAUGGGGUGAGCAGUUACCAGAUACUCUGAUUGAUGAAUCUGUUUCUGUUGCUGAGAACACUGAAAAAAUAAAGAAAAGAUACCGAAAAAGAAAAAAUAAGCUCGAAGAAACAUUCCCUGCUUAUUUACAGGAAGCUUUUUUUGGAAAAGAUCUUCUAGAUACAAGUAGACAGAACAAACUGAAUUUAGAUAAUGUAUCAGAAGAUGCAGCACAACUUAUGUAUAAAACAAACACCAACACAGGUUUCUUGGAGCCUUCCUUUGAUCCUCUACUUAAUUCUUCAACUCCAGCAAAACCUGGAACUCAGGGCACUGCUGAUGACCCAUUAGCGGAUAUUUCUGAAGUCUUGAACACAGAUGAUGACAUUCUUGGAAUAAUCUCUGAUGACCUGGCAAAGUCAGUCAGUCACUCAGGUCUUGAUUUAUGCACUUUCCAGGUUGAGAGCUCACCUUUUCCUUUUGAUAUUGGUUCUAUUGCUGAUGAUCCUUCCUCUUUGCCUCAGCCAAGUGUGAGUCAGACUUCACGACCUUUAACUGAAGAGCAGCUUGAUGGGAUCCUCAGUCCUGAACUAGACAAAAUGGUCACAGAUGGAGCAAUUCUUGGCAAGUUAUAUAAAAUUCCAGAGCUUGGAGGAAAGGAUGUUGAAGACUUGUUCACUGCUGUGCUCAGUCCUGUGAACACACAGCCAGCUCCAUUACCGCAGCCACCCCCUCCACCACAGUUACUGCCAAUGCACAAUCCAGAUGUUUUUUCACGAAUGCCACUCAUGAAUGGCCUUAUUGGACCCAGUCCUCAUCUACCACAUAAUUCUUUGCCUCCUGGAAGUGGAUUAGGAACAUUUUCAGCUAUACAAUCCCACUAUACUGAUGCCAGGGAUAAAAAUGCAGCAUUUAAUCCAAUAACAAAUGACCCUAACAGCUCGUGGACACCAUCAGCUCCCUCUGUGGAAGGAGAAAACGAUACAAUGUCAAAUGCCCAGAGGAGCACUCUGAAAUGGGAGAAAGAGGAGGCUCUGGGUGAAAUGGCAACUGUAGCGCCUGUUCUUUACACCAAUAUUAAUUUCCCCAAUUUAAAGGUCGAGUUCCCAGACUGGACUACUCGAGUGAAGCAAAUUGCUAAGUUGUGGAGAAAAGCAAGCUCUCAGGAAAGAGCACCAUAUGUGCAAAAAGCCAGAGAUAACAGAGCUGCUUUACGUAUUAAUAAAGUUCAGAUGUCAAACGAUUCCAUGAAAAGGCAGCAACAGCAAGAUAGCACUGAUUCCAGCUCUCGAAUUGAUUCAGAUCUUUUUAAAGAUCCAUUAAAGCAAAGAGAAUCGGAACAUGAACAAGAAUGGAAAUUUAGACAGCAAAUGCGUCAGAAAAGCAAGCAGCAAGCUAAGAUUGAAGCUACACAGAAGCUAGAACAGGUCAAAAAUGAGCAGCAGCAGCAGCAACAACAACAGCAACAGCAGCAGCAACAGCAACAGCAACAGCAACAUGGUUCUCAGCACCUUCUUAUGCCCUCUGGUUCUGAUACACCAAGUAGUGGGGUACAGAGUCCCUUAACACCUCAGCCUAGUAAUGGAAAUAUGUCUCCUGCUCAGACAUUCCAUAAAGACCUGUUCUCUAAACAGCAACCCAGUGCCCCGGCUUCUGCAUCUUCAGAUGCUGUGUUUGUCAAGCCACAGGCUCCACCUCCUCCUUCUACCACAUCCCGAGUUCCUGUUCAGGAUGGCCUAUCUCAGUCUCAGAUGUCUCAACCACAUUCUCCACAGAUGUUUUCACCUGGAUCUUCUAAUUCUCGACCUCCAUCUCCAAUUGAUCCCUAUGCAAAAAUGGUUGGUACCCCUAGACCCCCUCCAGGGGGCCAUAGCUUUUGCAGAAGAAAUUCUGUUGCUCCAGUGGAAAACUGUGUGCCUUUAUCAUCAGUACCAAGGCCCAUUCAGAUGAGUGAGACACCAGCCAACAGGCCUUCCCCAAGCAGAGACUUAUGUUCUUCCUCCACGACAAAUAAUGACCCCUAUGCAAAACCUCCAGACACGCCUAGGCCUAUGGUGACAGAUCAGUUUCCCAAACCUUUGGGCUUGCCCCGGUCUCCUAUGGUUUCAGAACAAACUGCAAAAGGUCCUCCAGCAGCUGGAACUGGUGAUCACUUUACUAAACCAUCUCCUCGGGGAGAUACUUUCCAAAGACAGCGGAUACCUGAUCCAUAUGCACGACCGUUGUUGGCGUCUGCCCCUGCUGAUAGUAGCUCUGGACCUUUUAAGACUCCCUUGCACCCUCCACCAUCCUCUCAGGAUCCUUAUGGAUCCAUGUCACAGGCAUCAAGGCGAUUGUCUGUUGACACUUACGAAAGGCCUCCUUUGACACCAAGACCUGUGGAUAAUUUUCCUCAUAGUCAGUCAAAUGAUCCGUAUAGUCAGCCUCCCCACAUCCCACAUCCAGCAAUGAAUGAAUCUUUUGCCCAUUCUUCAAGGGCUUUUUCUCAACCUGGAACCAUUUCAAGAUCAGCACCUCAGGAUCCAUAUUCCCAACCUCCAGGAACACCACGACCUGUGGUAGAUUCUUAUUCCCAGCCCUCAGGAACAACUCGAUCCAAUCUGGACCCUUAUUCCCAACCACCUGGAACUCCUCGGCCUACCACUGUUGAUCCAUAUAGUCAACAGCCACCAACCCCCAGGCCUUCUAUACAGACAGACAUGUUUGUUACUUCUGCAGCUAAUCAAAGGCACUCUGAUCCAUAUUCUCAUCCUCCCGGGACUCCAAGACCUGGAAUUUCUACUCCCUAUUCUCAACCACCAGCAACACCAAGACCAAGAACUUCAGAGGGUUUUACCAGGCCAUCUGGUGCAAGACCAGCUCUUGUGCCAAACCGGGACCCUUUCUUGCAGGCAGCACAACACCGAGCACCUGCUUUACCUAGCUCUUUGGUGAGGCCACCUGAUAUGUGCUCUCAGACACCAAGGCCACCUGGCUCUGGCCUUCCAGACACAUUCAGCCGUGUCUCCCCAUCCGCUGCUCGUGAUCCCUAUGAUCAACCACCAAUGACUCCAAGAUCUCAGUCUGACUCUUUUGGAAGCAGCCAAGUUACUCGUGACAUCACUGACCAGGCAGGGGCUGGUCCAGAGGAAGGUUUCAACACCUCUGCAAACUCGGCUGUGAGUUCCCAGGGCCCACAGUUCUCCAGCAUUGCCCAGGCUCCUGGGCCUGUGUCAACUUCAGGAGGAACUGACACCCAGAACACUGUGAAUAUGUCUCAAGCAGAUACAGAGAAACUGAGACAGCGACAGAAGCUAAGAGAAAUCAUUCUCCAGCAACAGCAGCAGAAGAAGAUUGCUAGUCGCCAGGAAAAAGGGCCUCAGGACACACCAGCAGUGCCUCACCCAGUGCCCCUUCCGAAUUGGCAGCCAGAGAGCAUCAGCCAGGCCUUCAGUCGACCUCCUCCUCCCUAUCCUGGGAACAUCCGAUCGCCCAUGGUCCCCCUUCCUGGACCUAGAUACGCUGUUUUCCCCAAAGAUCAGCGUGGUCCCUAUCCUCCCGAUGUUGCUGGUAUGGGGAUGAGACCUCAUGGAUUUAGAUUUGGAUUUUCAGGAAGUAGUCAUGGUACCAUGUCAGGUCAGGACCGCUUCCUUGUACCUCCUCAGCAAAUACAAGGAUCUGGAAUUCCUCCACACCUGAGAAGAUCAGUAUCUGUAGAAAUGCCUAGACCUUUAAAUAACUCACAGAUGAACAAUCCAGUUGGACUUCCUCAGCACUUUCCACCACAGAGCCUGCCAGUUCAGCAGCAUAACAUACUGGGCCAAGCAUUUAUUGAACUGAGGCACAGGGCCCCAGAUGGAAGGCCACAGCAUCCCUUCCCUACAACUCCUGGCAAUGUUAUAGAGGCACCGUCUCAUCCAAGGCAUGGAAACUUCAUUCCCCGGCCAGACUUCCCGGGCCUAAAACACACAGAACCCAUGAGACGGCCUCACCAGGGUCUACCUAGUCAGCUCUCUAUGCAUCCAAAUUUGGAACAGGUACCAUCUCAGCAAGAACAAGGGCAUCCUCUCCAUGCAUCUUCUGUGGUCAUGAGGCAUAUGAGUCAUUCCUUAGGUACUGGAUUUUCUGAGGCUCCUUUGUCAACAUCUGUGUCUGCUGAAGCAGCACCUGAUAAUUUACAGAUAACCAGCCAGGCUUCUGAUAGUCUGGAAGAAAAGCUGGACUCUGAUGACCCUUCUGUGAAAGACCUGGAUGUUAAAGACCUUGAGGGGGUUGAAGUCAAAGAUUUGGAUGAUGAAGAUCUUGAAAAUUUAAAUUUAGACACAGAGGAUGGCAAGGGAGAUGAGUUAGAUACUUUAGAUAAUUUAGAAACCAAUGAUCCUAACCUAGAUGACCUCUUAAGGUCAGGAGAGUUUGAUAUCAUUGCAUACACAGAUCCAGAGCUUGACCUGGGAGACAAGAAAAGUAUGUUUAAUGAGGAACUUGACCUUAAUGUUCCAAUUGAUGAUAAGUUAGAUAAUCAGUGUGUGUCUGUUGAACCCCCCCAAAAAGAGCAAGAAGACAAAAUUGUGGUUCUGUCUGAGAAUCAUUUGCCACAGAAAAAAUCCAACAUUGUCAGUGAGAUAAAAACAGAAGUCCUGUCUCCAGAUUCUAAAGAAGAAGCCAAAUGUGAAACUGAAAAAAAUGAGAAAAGUGAUGAGAUUGGAGAUCAUGUUGAGCCUCCUUGCACUCAGGCUUCUGCUCACACAGACCUAAGUGAUGGGGAAAAGGCUUGUUUGCCACCUUGUGAACCAGAGCUACUUGAGAAAAGAGCUAAUAGAGAAACUGAUGAUUCUAGUGCAAGUAUCAUUCAAGGAUCCACUCCACUGGCUGCUCAAGAUAUAGUGAACUCUUGUGACAUAACUGGAUCAACUCCAGUCCUCUCAAGCUUACUUGCCAGUGAAAAAUCUGACAGUUCAGACAACAGGUCCUUGGGAUCUCCCCCACCAACUGUGCCAGCCUCACCAUCCAACCAUGUAUCGAGUUUGCCUUCUGCUUUAAUGGCACCACCUGGCCCUGUUUUGGACAAUGCCAUGAAUUCUAAUGUCACAGUAGUCUCCAGGGUAAACCAUACUUUUUCUCAGGGUGUGCAGGUAAAUCCAGGAUUCAUUCAGGGACAGUCAACAGUUAACCACAGUUUGGGGAAAGGAAAGCCUACAAAUCAGUGUGCCCCUGUCACAAGUCAGUCUGGUUCCAGUGCCAUAUCUGGAUCCCAACAGCUGAUGAUGCCUCAAACAUUAGGCCAUCAGAAUAGAGAACGGCCUCUCCUUUUGGAAGAGCAGCCACUGCUGCUACAAGAUCUUUUGGAUCAAGAAAGGCAAGAACAGCAGCAGCAAAGACAGAUGCAAGCCAUGAUUCGUCAGCGAUCAGAGCCAUUCUUCCCCAAUAUUGAUUUUGAUGCAAUUACAGAUCCUAUCAUGAAAGCCAAAAUGGUGGCCCUUAAAGGCAUCAAUAAAGUGAUGGCACAGAACAACCUGGGCAUGCCGCCCAUGGUGAUGAGCAGAUUCCCCUUCAUGGGCCCAGCAACAGCCGGAGCACAGAACAGUGAAGGCCAGACACCCAUGCCGCAGACUGUCACUCAGGAUGGCAGUAUAACACAUCAGAUUUCUAGGCCUAAUCCUCCAAAUUUUGGUCCAGGCUUUGUCAAUGACUCACAACGCAAGCAGUAUGAAGAAUGGCUUCAAGAGACCCAGCAACUUCUUCAGAUGCAGCAGAAGUAUCUUGAAGAGCAGAUUGGUGCACACAGAAAAUCCAAGAAGGCCCUUUCCGCUAAACAGCGCACUGCCAAGAAGGCAGGGCGAGAAUUCCCAGAAGAAGAUGCAGAGCAACUUAAGCAUGUGACUGAGCAGCAGAGCAUGGUUCAGAAACAGCUAGAACAGAUUCGUAAACAACAGAAAGAGCAUGCUGAGUUGAUUGAAGAUUAUCGAAUCAAGCAGCAGCAGCAGCAGCAGCAGCAGCAGCAGCAGCAGCAGCAGCAGCGUGCAAUGGCCCCGCCUCUCUUAAUGCCUGGCAUCCAGCCCCAGCCGCCCCGCCUUCCAGGUGCCACUCCGCCUGCCAUAAAUCAGCCUAGCUUCCCAAUGGUGCCACAGCAGCUGCAGCACCAGCAGCACACAGCAGCCCUCUCUGGCCACAACAGCCCAGCUAGAAUGCCUGGUUUACCUGGAUGGCAGUCUGCCAGUGCUCCUGCUCACCUCCCCCUCAACCCUCCCAGGAUUCAGCCCCCAAUGGCUCAGUUACCCGUAAAAGCUUGCACACCAACCACAGGGACAGUGUCAAAUGCAAAUCCACAGAGUGGUCCACCACCACGAGUAGAAUUUGAUGACAACAACCCCUUUAGUGAGAGUUUCCAGGAACGGGAACGGAAGGAACGUUUACGAGAACAGCAAGAAAGACAACGCAUCCAGCUGAUGCACGAAGUCGACAGGCAGCGAGCUCUGCAGCAGAGGAUGGAAAUGGAGCAGCAUGGUCUGAUAGGCUCUGAGGUGGGCAACAGGACUCCUGUGUCUCAGAUUCCAUUCUAUGGAUCUGAUCGGCCUUGUGAUUUUAUGCAGCCUCCACGACCCCUUCAGCAGUCGCCACAGCACCAACAACAGAUGGCCCUAGUUUUACAGCAGCAAAAUGUACAACAAGGAUCUGUUAAUUCAUCCCCCACCCAAACAUUCAUGCAAACAAAUGACAGAAGGCAGGGAGCACUUACCUCCUUCAUUCCUGAUUCAUCGUCUGUCCCUAGUGGAAGCCCAAACUUUCAUUCUGCUAAACAGGGACAUGGAAAUCUUUCUGGGACAAGUUUCCAACAGUCUCCUUUAAGACCUCCAUUUGCACCUGCUUUACCAACAACAUCACCAGUAGCUAACAGCAGUCUCCCAUGUGGCCAAGACCUUGCAGUAGCCCAUGGACAGAGUUAUGGAUCAUCCCAGUCUCUCAUUCAGUUGUAUUCUGAUAUUAUCCCAGAAGAAAAAGGGAAAAAGAAAAGAACAAGAAAGAAGAAAAAAGAGGAUGAUGUGGAAUCCACCAAAGCACCAUUAACUCCCCACUCAGAUAUAACUGCUCCCCUGACUCCAAGCAUCUCAGAAACUACCUCCACCCCUACCGUCAACACGCCCAAUGACCCUCCUCCACAGAGUGAGCCAGAGCCUGCGGAGCCAGCUGGCCAGCCUGGUACAGACUUAGAGAACACACUUCCCAGUGCUGAUUUAUCCCUGGAAACUCCAAAUCAGGAGGCUUGUGCAAAUUCAGAGGCAAAAACCCUCCCCAUGGAAAUGCCUGCCAAAAAUGAAGAGCUAAAACUGGAAAACACUGAGACAGAGUCAGGCCUGGGUCAGGAGGAGACUGAAUCAGAGGAGCAGACUGGUUGCAAGGCUCAAGAUAAAUCUGAGGCCAGUCCUGUCUCCUCAGUCCAGAGUCCUCUUGAUUCUGUUGGGGCCCCUGUCACCAAAGCAGAUUUAGGGAAUGAACUUUUGAAACACCUAUUGAAAAAUAAAAAGUCCUCUUCCCUUUUAAAUCAAAGAUCUGAGGGCAGUUUCUGUUCAGAAGACAACUGCACAAAGGAUAGUAAAACAGCUGAGAAACAGAACCCAGAAGAAAGAAUGCAAACUUUGGGGGUUCAUGUGCAAGGUGGUUUUGGAUGUGGCAACAACCAGCCAAAAAUGGAUGGAGGAAGUGAAACCAAGAAACAGCGAAACAAACGGACUCAGAGAACUGGAGAGAAAGCAGCACCUCGCUCAAAGAAAAGGAAAAAGGAUGAAGAGGAGAAACAGCCGAUGUAUCCCAACUCUGACUCCUUCACCCACUUGAAACAGCAGCUCUCUCUGCUCCCUCUAAUGGAACCAAUCAUUGGAGUGAACUUUGCGCACUUUCUUCCUUAUGGCAGUGGCCAAUUUAAUAGUGGGAAUCGACUUCUAGGAACUUUUGGCAGUGCUACCCUUGAAGGGGUUUCGGACUACUAUUCUCAGUUGAUCUACAAGCAGAAUAACUUAAGUAAUCCUCCAACACCCCCUGCCUCUCUUCCUCCUACACCACCUCCUAUGGCUUGCCAGAAGAUGGCAAAUGGUUUUGCAACAACUGAAGAACUUGCUGGAAAAGCUGGAGUGUUGGUGAGCCAUGAAGUUACCAAGACUCUCGGACCAAAGCCAUUUCCGCUGCCAUUCAGGCCACAGGAUGACUUGCUGGCCAGAGCUGUUGCUCAGGGCCCCAAGACAGUGGAUGUUCCAGCUUCACUUCCAACACCACCUCAUAAUAACCACGAAGAAAUAAGGAUACAGGAUCACUGUGGUGACCGAGAUACCCCUGACAGCUUUGUCCCCUCAUCCUCUCCAGAGAGUGUGGUUGGGGUGGAAGUGAGCAGGUAUCCAGAUCUGUCCGUGGUCAAAGAGGAGCCUCCAGAGCCAGUGCCAUCACCCAUCAUUCCAAUUCUUCCUAGCACCACUGGGAAGAGUUCAGAAUCAAGAAGGAAUGACAUCAAAACGGAGCCGGGCACAUUAUUUUUCACAUCACCUUUUGGUUCAUCCUCAAACGGUCCCAGAUCGGGUCUUAUAUCUGUAGCGAUUACCCUGCAUCCCACCGCUGCUGAGAACAUUAACAGUGUCGUGGCUGCAUUUUCCGACCUUCUUCACGUCCGAAUCCCUAACAGCUAUGAAGUUAGUAGUGCUCCAGAUGUUCCACCCAUGGGUUCCACCAUGGGUUUGGUCAGCAGCCCCCGAGUAAACCCAGGCUUGGAGUACCGACCGCAUUUACAUCUUCGUGGACCUCCACCAGGAUCUGCAAACCCUCCCAGGCUGGCUACUUCGUACCGGCUGAAGCAGCCUAAUGUUCCAUUUCCGCCUGCAAGCAGUGGUCUCCCCGGAUACAAGGAUCCCAGCCAUGGUGCUGCAGGAAAAGCGGCACUCAGACCACAGUGGUGUUGUCACUGCAAAGUGGUUAUUUUUGGAAGUGGUGUGCGGAAAUCUUUCAAAGAUCUGGCUUUCAUGAACAAGGAUUCCAGAGAGAGCAACAAGAGGAUGGAAAAAGACAUUGUCUUUUGUAGUAAUAAUUGCUUUAUUCUUUAUUCAACUGCACAAUCAAAAAACCCAGAGAGCAAGGAAUCUCUUCCUCCAUUGCCACAGUCACCUAUGAGAGAGAUGCCUUCCCGGGCAUUUCACCAAUACAGCAACAACAUCUCUGCCCUGGACGUGCACUGCCUCCCGCAGCUCCAGGAGAAGGCCUCUCCCCCUCCGUCGCCUCCCAUUGCCUUUCCUCCUGCCUUGGAGGCAGCCCAAGUGGAGGCCAAGCCCGAUGAGCUCAAGGUGACUGUCAAGCUAAAGCCUCGGCUCAGGACUGUCCACAGUGGCUUGGAUGAUUGCAGGCCACUGACCAAAAAGUGGAGAGGGAUGAAAUGGAAGAAGUGGAGCAUUCAUAUUGUAAUCCCCAAGGGGACAUUUAAGCCGCCCUGUGAGGAUGAAAUAGAUGAAUUUCUUAAGAAACUGGGCACUUCUCUUAAACCUGACCCUGUGCCCAGAGACUACCGCAAGUGUUGCUUUUGUCAUGAAGAAGGAGAUGGGCUGACAGAUGGCCCAGCAAGGCUGCUCAACCUGGACUUGGAUCUGUGGGUCCACUUAAACUGUGCUCUGUGGUCCACAGAAGUCUACGAGACUCAGGCUGGUGCCUUAAUAAAUGUAGAGCUAGCACUGAGGAGGGGCCUGCAGAUGAAAUGCGUCUUCUGUCAUAAAACAGGUGCCACCAGUGGGUGUCAUAGGUUCCGGUGCACCAACAUUUAUCACUUUACUUGCGCCAUUAAAGCACAAUGCAUGUUUUUUAAGGACAAAACUAUGCUUUGCCCCAUGCACAAACCAAAGGGAAUCCACGAACAAGAACUAAGUUACUUUGCAGUCUUUAGGAGGGUUUAUGUUCAACGAGACGAGGUGCGCCAGAUCGCGAGCAUCGUGCAGCGAGGGGAACGGGACCACACCUUUCGUGUGGGAAGCCUCAUCUUCCACACGAUUGGCCAGCUGCUCCCACAGCAGAUGCAAGCAUUCCACUCCACCAAGGCGCUCUUUCCUGUGGGCUAUGAGGCCAGCCGGUUGUACUGGAGCACACGCUACGCCAACCGGCGCUGCCGAUACCUGUGCUCCAUCGAGGAGAAGGAUGGGCGCCCGGUGUUUGUCAUCCGGAUUGUGGAGCAAGGCCAUGAAGACCUGGUCUUAAGUGACACGUCACCCAAAGGUGUUUGGGAUAAGAUCUUGGAGCCUGUUGCAUGUGUGAGGAAAAAAUCAGAAAUGCUCCAGCUCUUCCCUGCGUAUUUAAAAGGAGAAGACCUGUUUGGCCUAACCGUCUCCGCAGUGGCACGGAUAGCCGAAUCACUCCCUGGGGUUGAGGCGUGUGAAAACUACACCUUCCGGUAUGGCCGGAACCCUCUGAUGGAGCUGCCGCUGGCUGUCAACCCUACAGGUUGUGCCCGUUCCGAACCUAAAAUGAGUGCCCAUGUCAAGAGGUUUGUGUUAAGGCCACACACCUUGAAUAGCACCAGCACCUCGAAGUCCUUUCAGAGCACAGUGACAGGAGAGCUGAACGCACCGUACAGUAAGCAGUUUGUGCAUUCUAAGUCAUCACAGUACCGGCGAAUGAAGACCGAGUGGAAAUCUAAUGUGUAUCUGGCCCGGUCUCGGAUCCAGGGCCUGGGCCUUUAUGCUGCUAGAGACAUUGAGAAGCACACCAUGGUCAUCGAGUACAUCGGGACCAUCAUUCGGAACGAAGUCGCCAACCGGAAGGAGAAGCUGUACGAGUCCCAGAACCGUGGCGUGUACAUGUUCCGCAUGGACAAUGACCAUGUCAUCGAUGCGACACUCACGGGAGGGCCUGCAAGGUACAUCAACCAUUCCUGUGCACCUAACUGUGUGGCGGAAGUGGUGACUUUCGAGAGAGGACAUAAGAUUAUCAUCAGCUCCAACCGGAGAAU